AUGAACAAUGACACGUGUUCCGAAGCAAUACCAUCUUCACCUUUGGGACUAGACGGCGCCGCAGAUGAUAUCAGGUUACGAACUCUCGAAGAGACGCAUCCAGAAGCUCGCCUCAACGAUUGUGGCCCAAUUGCUACGGCUUCACCUACAAUAUCGGGCAACGGCUCCUCUGCCAUAGCUCCUUGGAUUGCGCCGGAAGAUGAUGAGUUUCAAUACGAGAACACACGGAGGAAGCGUCGGAAAGUGUCAGAAGAAGCCACAGUGCAUGAUUCGCAGACACUACAGAAUAUGGAUACAACUCCAAACGCAUGGCACGAACAACUCCAGGAGGCGGCCAUGUCAGGUGUGGACCGCUUCACAAAGGAAGGUGAACCGCAUUCUGAGAGAUCGGCGCAGCCACUGCCUGCGGUGAAUGCAGACAGUCCCUUGGACAAAGGUCAUACGUACGAGAUUGGAGAGCUGAGCCAUAAGAAUACCGGAGGCACCAAUAUCUCAGAUGCCCGUGAGACUAUGUCGUCUGGAGAUUCAAAGAUCAUUUCCUCAACCACUCGUCCCAACGCGACACACGCCCUACCUGACAAAGAAACGCCACUUUCUACACCGAAGAAAGCGACAAUGCGAAUUGAUAGUAAUGGAAAGCUUACAAAAUCACCCCUGCGGUCAAAGCGGCGUUCGCCCAGGACGAAGAACAUUCAGGUUGAUCAGGGCGUUGGGAGAAGAAAUGCUGGCCACAGUUCCAGGAGGAUGGAGAUGAAGAAUGGGAAACUCGUUCCUUCCCUACAGGUCACAUUGUUCUAUAAGUCUGCAGGCUUUGGCAAAAAGAUCGAGGAAAUACUGUCCCACCCAUCGAGCAGUUCGCGCACACAAGUGGCUGCGGCACAACCACCUCCAGCCGUCUUCAAAGACGCAAAAGCGACCCACCCUUUUUUCUUGGGAAGAUUGGCUUCACAGACACAGAAGCAAUCGCUGGCCAAGGAUGAACAACCAUCAACGACAUUGACUACUGACGACGAAACCAACCAAGGCCCUCGCGAAGCACCAAGGCCAUGGAAAGACAUCAAAUUCACUGUUCAAAGGCCAUCCCAGGGAAAGCUGGUAGGGGAGCUUUCCCCAAUCUGGCCUCCACUCUCCUUGCAACGUGUUGAACCUUGCCAGGAUAUGCCAAUAAAACCGGUUUCGUCACCACGUCUAGCGCAGACGCUGAAAGCAAAGCAUCGUGUGUCAAACAUCCGUCCCGACGAAGACAUACUCCAGCUUUUCGCAGGUUACGUGAAGAAUGGCUGCCAGGGCUGGAUUUCACUUCACUUGCCGAUCCGAAUGAUUAUGACAGGCAAGUCAUUGAUAGCAAAAUUGAAUCUCGAGCUUGGUAUACAAGGCCUAUAUGCAGACCAUAUCGCGCCUUUGAAGACUCUUAUAGAGUCAACUACCAGCCCCUUCGACAAGGGUAUGGCCGCGGGUGCACAGAUGUGGCCUCAGGAGUACGCACCUACAUCGUGGCAGGAGGUCUUGCAGCCGCAAAUACAAACCCUACAUGACUGGUUGACGACUUUGAAAGUUCACCAGGUUCAAAAUGGCAAAUUGCCCCAGAAAUCAAAGACAUCAACUAUCAAGAAGCGACGGAAGAAGCGGUCUGACGAUAUGGACAAUUUCAUCGUCAACUCCGAUGACGAAGACCAGGCUCCGAGUGGGAAGAAUGCAAUCCUGAUUACAGGCCCUUGCGGAUGCGGAAAAACGGCAGCGGUUUUCACAGUUGCCCAGCAGCUCGGAUUCGAGGUGUUUGAGAUACAUGCAGGAAUGCGGCGGAGUGCACGGGACAUCCAGGAGAAAGUUGGUGACAUGACCCAAAACCACCUGGUCCAGCAAGCCAGCUCGCUCAGCAGAGGAUCAAGCAUGUCACUGGAGGAUUCGAAUGGGACCGCGCUGCCGUUUUCAGAGCAAGUCGCACCAAAUCAAUCCACAAUGGCGAAUUUCAUGAACCUAGGCAAGGUAGCAAUGAGCCAGAAGUCGGGUGAAGCCGGGGCCAACAAGGACGCAAAGAUCAAAGCCCAGAAGCAGUCUCUUAUUCUCUUUGAAGAGGUUGAUAUCCUCUUUGAGGAAGACAAAGGGUUUUGGUCCGGUGUCCAGUCCCUCAUUCGCACUUCCAAGAGACCAGUGAUCAUGACUUGCAACAACCCAGAGUCCAUCCCGUUGGACGAACUGGACCUGUUCACGAUCUUGACCUUCAACCAUUCAGAAACAAAGCUAUCCAUUGAGCGUCUAGGUUGCGUCGCUGCAGCCGAGGGACAUCUUCUGAGCAAGAAAACAUUAGAAGAUCUCUACCUCAGCAAAGGUCAAGACCUUCGAGCUUCUCUGACUGAAUUAAACCUAUGGUGUCAAAUGACGGUGGGAUCGAAGCAAGGGGGUCUUGAUUGGAUGUUGCCCCAGGACCUGAAGCGUGGUCUUGCUCAAGAUGGGUCGGUGAUGCGGACUGUCAGUCAAGGUACCUUCGUCAGCGGCCUUGACCUAUAUCCGACAGAACUGGACGAUCCCGUGGACACGGUCAAGUUUUGCCAUGAAAGCCUGUGUCUGUCGCCGUUGGACUGGGUCAGGGACGAAUUCGACUUGAAGGGCACGGGAAAUGCACGACUAGAAGCAUUAGACGACAUGCUUUUGCUUUCUGAUUCCCGGAGUGUGAUGGAUGUAUUGGAUUGCAAUGCGGCCUGUCUAGUCGCUGGGAUGAUCAUGAAGAACCGUCGGCAUGUGGAUCAACAGUCUCCUCGCGAUGAAGUUGUUCGGCUUUACCUUGAGCAACAGAACCGCACGACCUCGCUGACCAGAGCAGCUGUCGCAGAUGCUAUGGAGACGCUUAUGGAAGAGAGCAGGAUUGGCUUGCCCAUGAGUCCUGGGCGAAAGGCGCCAUCCCUCGAUAAUGCUGCCGAGUCUCUGGUAACAGAAGUGGCUCCCUACAUCCGGUCCAUCGUCGAGCACGACCAACGCUUGGAACAUAUUCGAACCGAACUGGGCGGCGGCGAAUCACAGAUAAAGAGGCAACGCAAGACCAGGGCUUCCCGAGCCGCUCUUGAGGGCGGAAGCAAGAUCACCACUCGCCGCGACAAGUGGUUCCCAGAGACCCUCGAUUUUUCCGCUGUCCUUGCCACUGCAGGCAAUGGGUGGCCAACCGUCAGACCUGGGGAUGUGGAAAUGCCUUCGACAGCGACGACUCCGGCAUCAUCCUUGGCCAACGAGGUCGAUGACGGCGCAUUGGAGGCUUCGAAGUGA